AUGGAAAAACUGCUUUUGUGUCUGCUGCUCAUUGGCUUAGUUGUGAAGGCCCAGAUCUGCCCCAAGCGCUGCGUGUGCCAGAUCCUCUCUCCAAACCUUGCGACUCUUUGUGCCAAGAAAGGGCUUCUGUUUGUCCCUCCCAACAUUGACCGGAGGACUGUGGAGCUGCGGCUGGCGGACAACUUUGUGACCAACAUCAAGCGGAAGGAUUUUGCCAACAUGACCAGCUUGGUGGAUCUGACGCUCUCGCGGAAUACAAUUAGCUUCAUCACACCCCAUGCCUUUGCGGACCUCCGGAACCUGCGGGCUCUGCACCUGAACAGCAACCGCCUGGCCAAGAUCACCCACGACAUGCUCAGCGGCCUCUCCAACCUGCACCACUUGAUCCUGAACAACAACCAGCUCACCCUGAUCUCCUCCACGGCCUUUGACGACGUCUUGGCUCUCGAGGAGCUGGAUCUGUCCUACAACAACCUGGAGACGAUCCCGUGGGACACCGUGGAGAAGAUGGUCAGCUUGCACACCCUCAGCCUGGACCAUAACAUGAUUGACAGCAUCCCGAAAGGGACCUUCUCCCACCUCCACAAGAUGACCCGGUUGGACGUCACGUCCAACAAGCUGCAGAAGCUGCCCCCCGACCCCCUCUUCCAGCGGGCCCAGGUCCUGGCCACCUCCGGCAUCAUCAAUCCCUCCACCUUCGCGCUGAGCUUUGGAGGGAACCCACUGCACUGCAACUGCGAGCUCCUGUGGCUGAGGCGGCUGUCCAGGGAGGAUGACCUGGAGACCUGCGCCUCUCCCCCUCUCUUGUCGGGGCGCUAUUUCUGGUCCGUCCCAGAGGAGGAGUUCCUGUGCGAGCCCCCCCUCAUCACGAGGCACACCCACGAACUACGGGUGCUGGAGGGCCAGAGGGCGAUCCUGAGGUGCAAGGCCCGUGGGGAUCCAGAGCCCGCCAUCCACUGGAUUUCCCCCGAGGGCAAGCUGAUCUCCAACGCAACGCGGUCGCUGGUGUACGACAACGGGACCCUCGAUAUCCACAUCACCACCAUGAAGGACACCGGCGCGUUCACUUGCAUCGCCUCCAACCCGGCAGGGGAAGCCACGCAGUCUGUGGACCUCCACAUCAUCAAGCUGCCCCACAUACUGAACAGCACGAACCACAUCCACGAGCCGGACCCCGGCUCCUCGGACAUCUCGACUUCCACCAAGUCUGGCUCCAACGCCAGCAGUAGCAACGGGGAAACAAAAGUCAGCCAGGACAAGAAGGUGGUCGUGGCAGAAGCCACGUCCUCCACGGCCCUGCUUAAGUUUAAUUUCCAAAGGAAUAUACCCGGGAUACGUAUGUUCCAGAUCCAGUACAAUGGGACUUACGAUGACUCCCUUGUUUACAGAAUGAUACCUCCCACGAGCAAAACCUUCCUGGUCAACAACUUGGCUGCGGGGACGAUGUACGACUUGUGUGUCCUGGCGAUCUACGACGACGGCAUCACCUCCCUGACAGCCACGCGCGUGGUGGGCUGCAUCCAGUUCACGACGGAGCAGGACUACGUGCGCUGCCAUUUCAUGCAGUCCCAGUUCCUGGGGGGGACCAUGAUCAUCAUCAUCGGGGGCAUCAUCGUGGCCUCGGUCCUGGUCUUCAUCAUCAUCCUCAUGAUCCGCUACAAGGUGUGUAACAAUGGCGGGCACCACAAGGUGACCAAGGUCAGCAACGUUUACUCCCAGACCAAUGGGGCGCAAGGCCAGGGGUGCAGUGGAGCCGCCAUGCCCCCGUCCGGCUCCAAGCAGGCCGUGGGGCACGAGGACAGCUUGCAGUGCUGCAAGGUGAGCAGCGACGGCGCGACGCGCUCCUCGGACGCCUGCUCCAGCCAAGACUCUUCCACCGCUACCUCCACUUUGCCUCAGGCGUGGACUCCGGGCCCCUCUGCUUCCCAAAAGCUGAAGCGGAAGCCCAUGCCAAAACCGGGCAGUGAGCCGCUGCCCCCCAGCGAAGGUGCCGCCCCCAGCCUGGAGGCCCAGAACACGAACCGCAACAACUCCACGGCCCUGCAGUUGCCCAGCCGGCCCUCGGACUUGGCCAAGGGGGCCCCCGUAUACAAAAGAGCACAAGCCAAGCCAAGUAAGUUCCUCACGUUGCCGGCCGACCCCUCCCGGGCAAAGCGCAGGUACUCCCUGAACGGAGAAUUCAUGGAAUACCACUGUUACGUUAGCUCCCCGGCCCCGGGGGGAUUCUGGUCCAAGCGGAGCUUGUCUAUGAAUGGGAUGCUCACGCAGACGGAGGGCUCCGAGGUGGAUGGUGGCAAAGCAACUUUCCCCAGUUCUGAGUGGAUAUUGGAGAGCACCGUCUGA